GCCAACUUGAUUAUAUUUCACGUUCUUUACGUCGGGAUCCACAGGACAUUAGCACUCCCCCCUGGCAUCACCUUCAAACCCUCCUGAAAGCUCAAAUAUGACCGAAACGAUACCAGCUUCUCAAAUUCCCCAGCAUGUCGCUGCCCAACUUGCUCAUCUUACAUCUCGCCCGAGCGUGCAAUCGACAUUGAUACUAUCACGAAAGGAUGGGUCCAUCAUCCAAGUCACAGGCAAAUUAGCUCCGCAAUCAAGUCCGAUUACCAGCUUAAAUCCGACGCCAGGGCCAGAAGUGCUCUCGUCCACAGAAGAGACACCGACUGCGCCGUCGAUAGAUGGGGAAGCAACAGCAGUAUCAAGUACAUCCAUACCCAACGCCCCGUAUAAACCCAGUGAGGCAGAGACGUUAGCAUCGCACAUCUACGCCUUUGUUUCAUCAGCGUCAGCAUUAAGCGCAGUCUUAUCCGGUCCAUCGGCCAAGGCGAAUAACAACGAGCCAGAUUAUGGAGCUCAAGGUUUGCAAGGAAACGGAAUGGACAUGGAAACCGACACAGGGAGGCGAGAAAACCAAGAUAAGGAAGCUGGAAACGAUCGUGAAGACGAGGACGAAGUCAAAUUACUCCGGCUGAGGACGAAAAUCCACGAGGUUAUUAUCAUUCCGGACCGGAGAUAUCUCCUAUGCGUCGUGCAGGACGUUUCCGUUAGUGGGGUUAGUGGAGGCGGAGGAUCCCAUCGCUGAUUCCGGGGGCGCAUUCCAUCUCGUCAUAGAGACACCUUUGCAUUUCAAAGCGUUUUUUUUCGUAUAGAGUCGCAUCUAAAAGCGACGUGAUGAUACAGCCAUUGUUGAAUUGAUACCCAAUCAUGAGCGAGAUAUAUCAAGAUAUUAAUAUACUGGCUCUUCAUGUUUCCCAUAUGUUGCCUCGUGGCCUGGUCAUAUUUCGAGGUCCAUGACCCCGUUGAAAAGCUUCGGAGACACUACUAUAUGCUACAUAUAAGGAAGCAAGGGAGCACCAGGAACUUUUACUUCAGAUAACGGUAUUAACCAUCUUAUUCCAUUAUUCGA